GGCGGCGGUUUCUAUGGAAUCCAGAAGAAACCCCACCAUCCUGCUGAUUCAUCGCGGCCGUCACCGUGGUGUUUGUUUUCUACACUACCUAAGUAGACUCCGGUUACUCGACGCUUUCUCUUUUCCGAUCAUGUCAAGUUGCAACACCUCGAGCGCAAACCGUGCCUCCGACGAAAGAGCAGUUCCUUCAUUACCCCUCCACCCCACCUAGACUUGUUCGCCUGCCGUUCGUCAUUAACGGUCUGCAAAGCAAAAGAGACAACCGCCAAUUCGAGAACCGACGCGUCUGAACACGGCUAGGAGAACCAAGAUAUGGAGGAAUCCCAGCCUGAGCUGAAGUGGUCUGCGCCAUUUGCAGUACUACCACCCUCAAAAUCCUCCCCUCGAGACUUGCGUGGCGACAAGAUUCUUCUUCCUCCGUCUGCUCUUGAGCAGCUGCUCGCAGCAUCACCCCGACCACCCGCACCCGCAAACUCGACCUUCACCUCAUACGAUCCACUCAAUCCAUAUGCGCGCCAUCACCAAACCCAAUACCACCAUAGCGACACUUCCCAGCAACUGCCCAACCCCUUGAUGUUCCGCUUGGUCAAUCAGAACAACGGAAACGUUGUCUACGCCGGCAUUCGCGAGUUCUCUGCCGACGAGGGAGAGAUUGCCUUGGCUCCGUAUCUUAUGGAAGCUUUGGGCAUACUGCCGACUGAUUUUGGCAGCGAGACCUCCAGCAACGAACCCCUUGAUCUGACGGACGAUUCAACGAAACACACUCAGCCGAGGGUGACAGUGCACGCGAACCAACUGCCCAAGGGGACCUAUGUUCGCCUCAGACCGCUCGAGGCAGGUUACGACCCCGACGACUGGAAGUCUCUGCUCGAGCGUCAGCUGCGAGAAAGCUACACCACCCUCACAAAGGACUCCGUUCUCUCCGUUCGCGGCGUCAAAGGCGAAGAUUUCAAGUUCUUGGUCGACAAAUUCCUGCCCGAGGGGGACGGCAUCUGCGUCGUGGAUACCGACUUGGAAGUUGACAUUGAGGCUCUCAACGAGGAACAAGCCCGGGAGACUAUGCGCCAAAUCAUGGCCAAGGCCCAACCUGGUGCUGCGAAUGGAAGUUCGAAAGGAAGCGAGCUUGAUGUGUGGAAACCCGUUGAAGGCCAAGUUCUCCCAGGAGAAUACGUCGACUACGAGCUGCCCUCCUGGGACCGAACCCGACCCCUGACCAUUGAGCUCUCCGAGCUUUCAGUUCCCGAUGCAGUAGACUUGUUCAUCAGCCCAAAAUCUGCUCGGCAACGAGCCCAACCUCGCGACUUUGAACACGUUUUUGGCAACUUCGCUCCCUCUCAAGACGGAAGAAAGGUCAUCACCAUCCAACCUACUAAUAUCGAGCUGGAGAACGCAGAGCAGCUUCUCAUUUCGGUUCAUGGCUAUCCCUUGGCGGGAGGUUCUGAAGAUUCGGUACCAGUUCACUUUUGUCUCAGGGCGAAAGCCGAAGGAGAGGCAGACUUACAUGAUGUGACGGUUGACCUGGUGAACGAUGAGACGAGGCCAACAGACGAGGAACAGUGCAAAAACUGCCUCCAGUGGGUUCCCAAGCGCACCUUG